AUGGCCAACUUUCAACAGAGCAAGAUCCGUCUCGAUGAGACGAACUACACUGUGCGGUUGCAGCCGAAGGAUGCGAAGGAUCAAUUGGAAGCACCGAGAGCGGAACUGGGACAAACCAAACUCCAUGCCGAAGAACUGGAGAGCCCAAUGCGAGGGGAGCUGGCUUUUGGAGAAACAGCAGAAGUUGUUCGACACCAAAACCAUGUGGAAGUUGAACAACUUCAGGCCAACAUCGAAGCGCUCCAACAUCACAACAGGGAGCUCAGCAUCGGCCGGCAGCAGACCGAGUCAGAAUUGAGCUAUUGCAGAUGGUGGAUUGCCACCAAGAUGGCCGGGAAUCCGCAGAUUUUUGGGGAUUUGUCGGAGGAUGAGAAGGCCCAGUUUCUCGAGGCCGAAAACCAUAUCAUCGAAGAUUUGACCGGGUAUGAUUUGGAACUGGCAAAGGAACCUUAG